UUCACUCUUACAAGUCAAGACUGUGUCAUGUCUUGGAUGAAUACACUGUACAAGCACUUUGAUGUCUCGCCUUUCCGCCAAAGUCAUAUGCAUCACGCCUAAAUACUUUGACAACCACACUGUUAGUAUAUCAUGUCAACAUCAUAUUCUGACUAGGUCUCGUACAUAAAACCUUCUCGGUCCUUUCCAACGUAUAAACUUUGCAGAGUUUACUGAACGCCAAACGCAGGUCAUCGUUAUCAACAUUACCAUGUCUACGUUGGGCGAUAUGCAGAAGCAGCUGUCCCACAUUGUGGAAGAGGCGAAAACUAAAGGCUACAAGAUCGAGGACGUCAUCCCAGAGAAUAUGCAGAAUCACUUCUCGGAGAUGACUGAGCUCAACGCAGCACGCCAAUAUAUUCAUGAGAUCCAGGCUCGUGAGCAAGAUCUUCAGAUCGAUAACAACGCCCUACGAGCCAAAAUCAAAGAGAAAGAAGCCGAGAUCAAUGACCAGCCAGCUGAAUUCAAGGCUCUCAAGGUUGAUCUCCAACAAGCGUACCGCCAGAUCGAUUACUACCGCGAUCUUUCUGAGGACUCCCAACGGCGUGCGCAACGCUACCAUCGCGAUCUUUCUCUUGCUGUCAAAGACCAGAUUGCCUUCAAUGAAGCUAUUGCCAAAAUUGAGCGUCUACAGAACGAGCUUGGCCAGCAUCAGUCCACGAUCCGGCAGCUACAAACAGAAAACGAACGCACGGCUGAGACAUUCGCUCACCUCCGCGCACAAGACGCAAGACUCAUAGCAGCAAAUGAAGCCCAAUUCGCUAAUAUUAUGUCACACACUUCUCAAAUCGAAAACGAAAACGAACUAUUCAACGAAACGUUUACCACGCUCAUUGACAAACUAGAGUUCGAGGUUUCAUCCGCAGCCACUUCUGUCAAUGACAAGGCUACCCUACUGCGUAAGAUGGAAAUACUGCACAACGCUAUUUUCAGUGAGGUAGCACCUCUGAAUCGCUUGUUCUCUCGUGCCCUCAAAGUGCUUCAAAUUUACCAAAUGCUUUUUCAAUCGCUCUCCGAUCCAUGCAACUCUGACAUAGCCAGUUUGCCGCUUGAACUGGAUCCGCUUAUUGAAGGUGCUAUGCAGGACCUGUACGUUUACAACGAGGUGCACAGAACCAUGUGCCAAGAUUCAGGGCUUGCUGGGGAGCACAUUCGUGUACAUCUCAACGGUAUCUCCAAGAGCGCGAACGAUAUGCUACAAAGCCUAAGUUCCAUCAAAGGGGAUAUGGCAAACUUUCUAGCGCGUUUAAAGAAAGAGCCAGGUACGUGGGCGGCUAUGAAGGCAAAGUUCGGUAUAUCUGGGAAGAAGAAGGUUAUAGGGAAAAGGUUUUCUGUUCACUGAGGUGGUGGCAACGCUUUCUCAGCGUCGGUUUUAGCCAUCUACUUCUUGGGUAGCCC